CGGGGCAACCUAUGAUAAAGAUCCGAAAACUGGAAAGGUAGAUCGUGGCAAGCUGAUCCCGAUAAAGGGCAGGCCAUUGUUCAUGAUACCCCAGUUCAAACGUCUCCACACAAGCAAGCCAGGAGGGCCGUACGUGCUGUACCGCUACCAGCUGCAAAUACUCACCAGGCCCCUGGACUACAUGAAGAUCGUCCUUCUGGGAUGCCUGGUCGGAGGUGUGGAUUCUGACAACAGCAUGGCCCAGGUGAUUGCCCUCUUCUGCAUCUCACUGCUCGCUCUCCUCCUCACCCGCCUGUCAAGGCCCUUCCCUUCCAGACUCGACAUGGCCGUCACCUUGCUGGCUGAGGCGGCAGACGUGGUCACCUUUGCCCUUGGCAUAGUCUUACUGGCGGGCCCAAACGAAGAUCGUGACUUUCGGCUGAGGAUAGGCACAGCGAUGCUGUGUGUGGAGGGCGUGGCCCUCCUGACCACCCUUGUUGAACACCUCAUCAUUGGCUUCGGCAUCUGCGGGUGGCUUCGAGGGAAGCACAGAGAGAAGAAAACAAAGCCAUCCAAAUUUGUGGCCGUGGUGGAGAAGGUGAUGAUGCAGAAUACCAGGCGACUGGAAAGAAAGUAUUUUGAGCGAUGGAUGGUGAAGGUGCUUAGGAGGGGGUUGCACAAUCGGCCACUGAGGGGGGAGGAGCGUUCCUGGAAGGAGAAUUUUGGGCACGGGUGGAAGCAGCUUACCGGGGAUGUGGGAAAGAGUGCCAAGGGGGUUCGCGCCAUUAACAGGAAGGUUGGCAGGAGCAGCCGCUCUCGCCUCAUCAACAGCGAAAGCCCAUCUUCCGCUCAUGGUCAAAAUGGAGCCGAGAGGGUGGCUCAUUGA